UCUUUGAUAUUCCGCCUUCAAAGUUGUUUAGUGGCUCUUCGUUUUCACUCGAAGAUAAAAAAAACAACAGCGACAACAACAAAGAAAACUGGUACGAGAACAUUAAGGGUAAUAACAGUAAAGAGAGCGAAAUCAAGAAAAAGGAGGAAUUAUUAUAUUUUGACGCGACGGUGAAUUCAGAAUCUGCUCCUUUACACUUUAGAAUGAAAAAUACGGAAAUUUCUUCAGCAACAACCACAAAAGAGGCAGCAGCACCACAAAGCACGACAAAAAGUCAUGAUAAUGUAUCAGUUAAACAGGAAAUAAAAGACGCUGACAAUAAGGAAUUGUUUUCGCUUUCAAGCACACAUAUGUUCAGUCAACGUGGUUUGGGUGAAAAAAUUUCAAUAAAAGAAAGGGCAUUAUCGAGGACUCUCAAGUGGAAAGAAACCACUUACAAAAAUAUUGGCAAAAGGAAUAAAUUCCGUAAAACAUACAACAACCACUCCUUAUGGAUAAUAUUAAUCUUUCUUGCUGUAUUGUCGGUGGUUACAUAUUUUUACAUUUCGGUACUUUCUCCAGUCGAGACACCUACAAUUGUGAAUUCUAUUAAUAAUCAGACUCUAAAUAAUGGAGGCAGUGGUGAUCUUCACUAUCUUGACGACAAUCUAUUAUUACAGCAAGAACCAAUAAGUAAAGCGCGUCCAAACGAGAAAAAAGAGGAAGAAAAAGAAGAAUCAACAAAGCAAAUUAAAAAAUACGAGCAGACUGUCAAAAAGUUGAAGCAGAUAGUUGGCCUUUAUAGUUUCUAUAAAAAUGAAAAAGAUCACGCGGUCAAUGCUGAGGUUGUAAAGGAGUUGACCUCGCCUUUACGUGGAGACCCUCAUUUUACGUACAAGCAACCGUUUCAGCAUCUCGUCCUGAGUCAUGAAACUCCAAAAAAUUAUUUUGGGUGCCGACCAUUUUCGAGUGUCGAGGGAAACUUAACUCUCAAAUUCAAAUCAGAGUUACGACGCAUCAAGGCAAUCGCUUAUGUUCAUAUGGACCCAGACUUGACCAGUGCACCCAAAGAAAUCGAAAUUCACACCAUUACCAAGAACGACGACAAUGAUAAAUAUCAUUACCAUGACUAUACCAAGGUGUUUUCGAUCAUCAAGCGAUUCGUAACUAAAACAAAAUAUUCCUUACCAAUUCCUCCUUUACAUGAUUUUCAAUUCAUCGCCAAUUUUACAUACGCUAUCGACCAAAUGCCCCUACAAAUAUUCGAAAUUCCGAGCAUCGUGCAGCCAUCGACUGGAAUACGGUAUCUUUUAUUUAACAUCAAGUCUAAUUGGGGGAACGAAGCCACUUGUUUGUCAAGGUUUCGUGUCUAUGGCGAAUUAAUUGGUGAUGAUGGUAGUUGA